AUUAAGCACACUCUUCCAUGCAUACCAUUUAGUGAUCCCUAAACACUAAGCAUCACUACUCUUUAACUUCUCUCUUUUCUUCUUUCCUUCCCUACAAAACAUACUAUUCUUUUCUCCUACAAUUGAAUUCAUGGGCAUGGCCCCUUAUUUGUGUCUUGUUACUCUCCUACUCACAAUCAUGACUAUUCUAAGCAAUGCCCAACCUUCGCCUGGCUACUAUCCUAGCUCUCAAGUUACUCCUAUAGGUUUCUAUCAAGGUUUUAGAACCUUGUGGGGCCCUCAACACCAAAAUGUAAAACAGGGUACUCUUAAUGUUUGGCUUGAUCGUACUUCUGGUAGUGGAUUCAAAUCAUUGAAACGAUAUCAAUCAGGCUACUUCAGUGCAGCUAUGAAACUUCAACCUGGUUACACUGCUGGAGUGAUCACAUCCUUAUAUCUUUCAAACAACGAAGAUUACCCAGGGUACCAUGAUGAAAUAGACAUAGAAUUCCUUGGGACAACACCCGGAAAACCAUACACUUUGCAAACAAAUGUUUAUGUUAGAGGAAGUGGUGAUGGAAGACUUAUUGGAAGAGAAAUGAAAUUUCACUUGUGGUUUGAUCCUACCAAAGACUUUCACAACUACGCUAUUUUUUGGUCACCUAACCAAAUUAUAUUCUUUGUGGAUGAUGUGCCCAUAAGAAGGUACCUUAAGAAAAGUGAUGCAACAUUCCCACAAAGGCCAAUGUACCUUUAUGGAUCAAUAUGGGAUGCUUCAUCUUGGGCCACUGAAGAUGGAAAAUAUAAGGCCAAUUACAAUUAUCAACCAUUUGUGGGCCAAUAUAGAAACUUCAUGAUUAGUGGGUGCCCUAUUGGUGGGUCAUGUCACCUUCCUAAGGUAUCCCCAUCUGGGCCCAAUCUCAGCCCACAACAACUUUCUGCUAUGGCGUGGGCCCAACGUAACUCUUUGGUUUACAACUAUUGUAAGGAUUCAAGGAGGGAUCAUACUCAAACACCUGAGUGUUGAUUACGGCCUAUUUGAUAGGUGGUGUUAAAUAACGGUACCAAUAAUGAAUUGAUAUGUAAUUUGUAAAGAAAGUAGCUUUUGAAAAUUUGAUAUCGGUUCGAACUUUCUUUACAAAUUACGUUCAAGUUCAGCAUUAUUUCGUUGUUAAUAUCGACUACAAAAAAGGGUUGGUGUUGCCAUUUUUCCAUUGUUUGUUUGAAGUGUAUUUUUGAUAUUGUUGUUUACAAAGGUUAUAUUUGGGGUGUGUUUUUUAGGCAAAAGGCCUUUGCUUACAACUGUAAGCAUAUUAUAUAACAUGUAAAUCUUCCUACUAUGUUUUGAAGUAUGGAAGUGUGCAAUACUUUACAAUACAAAUAUA